AUGUUGACUGGUCAACACCAUAUUCCAGGAAUUGAAUCACCUCUGAUGGUUGUACUAUGGCGAGUGGCCGCUGGCGUAUUUCUGCCACUCGUGCCAACGAUGGCAGUCUUCGGUAAUGUGCUGGUCAUUUUGUCAGUAUAUCGGGAAAGAAACCUACAAACAGUCACAAAUAUGCUCAUCGUCAGUUUAGCAGUUUCUGAUUUGUUUGUUGCAAUUGGUGUAAUGUCAUUUGGUGUAUAUUAUGAGUGGAACGGUUUCAAAUGGGGUCUCGGCUCCUUCUUCUGCCACGUGUAUCAAGCGCUAGACGUAGCGUGCUCAACAGCUUCUAUACUCAACUUACUUGCUAUUUCGCUAGACAGAUAUAUCGCAAUAGGCCAUCCAAUAUCAUAUGCCCAAUACGGUGCUCGUGGCGGUCGUGCCAUGAUUUCCAUCACAAUAGUCUGGGGAGUCAGUUGUGCUGUAGCUUUGCCGCUGCUACUCGGAGUGAAUCCGAUGGAGAACGAUCAAUGCGAAUUGGCAAAUCCAUGGUUCAACAUGAUCUCAUCAAUCUUCUCAUUCUUCAUUCCAUGUAUAGCCAUGAUUAUUUUGUACACUAUCAUUUUCCGACGGUUACGACAACGCGAACGAGCAAGGAGUUUACGACAAGCACAGAGAAGUGAAACUGAUAAGAUCAGUUCUGCUCUGCUUGGCGGUGCACAAAUUGCCCGGCAAAUGGGUAAACACUUCAAGAACAGAACAGACCAAAUUCUAUUGGAGAUCAGCUUUCAGACGUCAUCGUUCCCGACGAUUUCCGAGUCGUCUGACGAUGGAUCAACAAUCUCUCCAAUGAUCAAUUCGUUCAAUAAUUUUCUUCCAAAGAAGUCUCAAUAUCCAAGCACAUUGAUUCCGGCAAUUCCAGAAUGUGGAUCAAUGCCAAAUCUUACUAUCAUUGAACGACCAGCCCCACCAGAGAAAGAAAAAGAUAUAGAACUCUCGAUCAUGGAUCUGCAUGACACAGUGGAAAUGUUGGAUGACAAGUACACAUCUGCCAUGAUCACAAGAUCCUUCGGUGAAGAGCUAGAAGAGAUCCUCCCAUUCAUCGAUGGAUCUACAAGUGUGAAAAAUUCCAGGGAACAAUUGCACGCCACUAGAUCGAAUACCAGCACCACAAGGCUACUUGAUGUAAAACCAGAGUUAAGGAGUAUCAGCGUGCCAAGUAUCCAGGAUGAGAAGAAAAUGAACUCUCGACCGCCGGAAAAUCCAUUCGCUCACCAAAACGGAACAAACAAACAAAGACUGCUGCCAAAUCCGGGGAUUCUAAUGAAAAGCAAAUCUACUACACUUUUGAAAACAAACGGGUACCUGGACACAGAUUCCUUGAACAAUAAUAGGAACUCACACAAAAAGAGUACAGCCGAUUUAUUGCCUAAUGAUGAUUAUUCUUUCACCGAUUCGAUGCGGGUUUACAAAAAUCGGUUAUUUAAAAGUUUAAGUCGUGCUACUAGCGGAUGGAACAAACCUAGGCCAUCGAGACAUAUGGUCAAAAAAGCUACAAAGCAGAUGAGAAGAGAACACAAAGCUACAGUAACUCUCGCAGUUGUGUUGGCGGUUUUCCUCUUCUGCUGGCUCCCAUUCUUCAUCCUUCAUCUUAGCAAUUCGAUAUGUUUAGUGAUUGAUUCUAAUAGUGAUUGCAUCGGGUUUUUACCAUUAUAUCUUGCAACUUGGCUGGGAUACCUCAAUUCAUCCCUAAACCCACUGAUCUAUACAGUAUUUGACCAAAGGUUCCGAAACGCGUUCCGGAACAUUCUCUCAUGCGGAUUUUUCAAAAAGCGAUGA